AGGUGCCACUUCACUGUGCUGGUGUGCUCACGUUUAGUCUUCAGGGUUUUUAAUCACAUUGGGAGGCCACUAUGAUUCUGUGAUUCGGGGUUUAUGAUGCAGUGAUGGCAGGGAUAUGGUCAGAGGUUUGGACAUUGUGUUUCAUAUUAGUAUUUAGUUCAGCAGACCCAUCACCAGCACCCCAAGACAAAUCACAUGACUUCAGAAAGAUCUUCUUGGGUUUGGAUAAAUGCAACGCCUGCAUUGGAACAUCCAUUUGCAAGAAGUUUUUCAAGGAUGAAAUAAGGUUUGAAAGGAGGCUGACAGCUCAGUCUAAUCUAUGCUCAGCAGACGUGCACUCCUAUGAGGGAAACUACACAGACAGCACAGCGGGCUGGAGACCAGUGUUGGUGUCCCGCCUGAUGUCUCCUCACCUGCACCAGACAUCAGACAAUAGCAUUUGCACCUCAGCAGGCAAAGGGAAAUCCUGCAGCAUUGAAGGUGUCCUCAGGGCCACCUCACGCUUCCAAAGUUGGGUUCAUUCCAACCUGCUGCUUCCCAGCAUGGUGAAGGGUCUGGUGACCCCGAUACUGCGCUGUCCAUCUCAGAGGCUGCUGGACCGCAUUGUGCGCCGUUAUUUCGAAGUGACUGACGUGGGCAGUGUGCAGAUGAAGCACUUCAGUGAAAAGGAUAAACUUAGACUGCUUUAUACACUGGCUGUCAAUCAACAGCCCCUCAUACUGCAGAUGUUUCCAGGCACGGAGGGUUGGCCCUUCCUCCGCUACCACGGCUCCUGUGGAAGGCUGAUGGUGUGGGCUGCGAGCAGGGCCCUCAGGAGCCUGUUUUCCUCUCCGCUGGAGCGCCGCGCAGAUCUCGCCUACCAACUCCUGCACAUCACCCAGAGCCUGAGCGCCAACAGCCUGCGGUUCCGCCUCUUCUACACCCGCAUCCCAGAGGACAUGUUCGGCAUUCUGGAAGACAACAAGGUCUUCAUUGUGGAUACCAGCACCAUAGGCAUCAUUGACUUACAGCAAGGACAUCCUCCUGACGAAGACCUUCUUCCUGAAGAGCUGGAUGUCUUCUCCUGUCUCAGUGGCUCUUGUGUGAGGCCUCCUCCAUGUGAGACUGUCAGAGAGGCACAGAGUUUUAUCCUACUUUGCAAAUAUAUCCUCAACAAUCUACUCACCUCUAAUGACAAGCAGUCAGGUCUUCCCAGAGCAGCGGUAGAUGAACUGUCAGUCUGCGCAGACUCGUCUCAGCCUGAUCAAAGAAUAAUAACUACAGUCCAAAGCUUAAAAAACAUUUUAAAGACACUGAGGCCAUGCAGCCCUCAAUAUGCAUACAGAUAUCCUGAAUGUCUCUACAGUGACAAGUUUUAGACCAAGAAGAUUAUUUUUUAUAUGAUAUCCCUUUAUGGCCUAUGCAUAAAGGUAACUGAUAAAGAAAAAAAAAAAACUAAUGUGGUAAUAAUAUCUUCUGCAUUAUGAAAUGAAAACUUCUGUUUCUGGUAGACAACUGCAAUAUAAAUGGACUGUGUACACUACCUGACAAAAAUCUUGUCACUUUGUUUAGGAACAACAAAUAAUAACUUGACUUCUAGUUGAUUAUUUAGCAUCAGAAGUGGCUUAUAUGAAAGGCAAAUGCCUCUAGAUUACGCUUAUUUUACCCAAAUAAAAUAUGAUCAUGCUUUGUUUUUUAAUUAUUUAAUUAUGACAGUAAGGUCUGACUUUGCUAAGACUUGUUUUGUCACUUAACAGAAAUAAUGUACAGUAUAGAAUAUAAAGUCAUGGUGCAGCGGAAAAAUAAUUAAUAUUGUGUAUGACUCCCAUGAGCUUGGAGGACUGCAUCCAUACAUCUCUGCAAUGACUGAAAUAACUUAAUAAAGUCAUCUGGAAUGGCAAAGAAAGAGUUCUUGCAGGACUCCCAGUUCAUCAAGAUUCUUUGGAUUCAUCUUCAAUGCCUCCACCGUACCCCAGACAUGCUCAAUAAUGUUCAUGUUUGGUGACUGGGCUGGCCAAUUCUACUGAAUGUAACCCCAAACCAUAAUUUUUCCUUCACCAAACUUGACUGAUUUAUGUGAGAAUCUUGGGUCCAUGCAGAUUCAAAUAGGUGAUCUGCAGUAUUGGUGAUGAUUAGGAUGCAGUUCAACAGAUGAUUCAUCUGAAAAAUCGGUCUUCUGCCACUUUCCCAAAUGAUCAACUAGACGUCAAGUCAACAAGACUUUUGUCAGGUAGAGUACACUCAUAGUAUAUACAAUGAAUGUUUUUCUUAUAAAUGCACAGCCAAAAUACAAACCUUUAGGAAAUAAAAACAGAAAAUAAUAAUAAUAAUUCAAAGCACAAUUAUUAUAAUUCAGCCCAAGACAAGGAAU